UCUGCGGACGCCCCCGGACUCCACCCCAUCAUGUGGCCGCCCCGGCUCCGCCUCUGCCCCAGUUCCUGUUUCGGCCUCUGCUGUCCCGCUUCGGCCCCUAGGGCUCCCCGCAGACGCCUACUCUUUCUGCUCAGCCCCGACUGCCUCUUCCUGGGCACCUGCCGCCCACAUCUCGGCUCACCCCGCAGGGGAUGGGGUCUCUUCCCGGCCUGGACCGACCCUCCUGGACACCCCGAGGCUACUCGACCCCGCCCUGACUGCCCAGGCCCCCUGGUGCUGCGGCCCCCCCAGGAUGAAGGGCGGCCAGGGGGACGCGGGCGAGCAGGCCCCGCUGAACCCGGAGGCCGAGUGCCCCACGGGCUCGGCCACGUACCGGGAGUUCGUGCACCGCGGCUACUUGGACCUCAUGGGGGCCAGUCAGCACUCGCUGCGGGCGCUCAGCUGGCGCCGCCUCUACCUCAGCCGGGCCAAGCUCAAAGCCUCCAGCCGCACGUCUGCCCUGCUCUCGGGCUUCGCCAUGGUGGCCAUGGUGGAAGUCCAACUGGAGAACAACUACGAGUACCCGCCAGGCCUGCUGGUGGCCUUUAGUGCCUGCACCACCGUCCUCGUGGCUGUGCACCUCUUCGCGCUCAUGGUCUCCACGUGUCUGCUGCCCCACAUUGAAGCUGUUAGCAACAUCCACAACCUCAACUCUGUCCACCAGUCUCCACACCAGCGACUCCACCGCUACGUGGAGCUGGCCUGGGGCUUCUCCACUGCCUUAGGCACCUUCCUCUUCCUCGCUGAAGUUGUCCUUGUUGGCUGGGUCAAGUUUGUGCCCAUUGGGGCCCCCGUGGGCAAGCCAGCACCUAUGGUACCUGCCUCCCAGGUGCCUGGGACUCUACCACCAGUGGCCACUUCCCUGAGUCCAGCGUCUAAGCCACCCUCUGCUUCAGUAGCCCCUCCACAGGCUGCGCCAUCUGAGGCCUGCCCACCCCAGCAAGCAUGUGGUGGUGGUGGGGUCCAUGGACCAGGAUGGCAAGCAGCCAUGGCCUCCACAGCAAUCAUGGUACCUGUGGGGCUUGUGUUUGUGGCCUUUGCCCUGCAUUUUUACCGCUCCUUGGUGGCACACAAAACAGACCGCCACAAGCAGGAGUUAGAGGAGCUGAGUCGCCUGCAGGGGGAGCUGCAGGCUGUGUGACGCGUGUGUUAGCCACCUGUUACAAGCACUGCCUUCUUCGGGGGUCAGCCAGAGGCCCCUGGUCUAGAUCACUGUUCCCUGACUGCCUGGAGGCACUUCUUGUGGCCACUCUUAGGUAGAAACCAGAUUCCUGACCUCAGGGUCCUUUGGGCUGGGCCUUGGGGCAGCUCCCACAUUCCCGGGAUUCUCCUUGUUAGCCUGUCCCAUGAGUGUAGUUCUACACCUGGGAGGAGCAAGGGAGAAAGCGGAAGGUCUUCAGUCUAAGGUUCAUACACCAGGUGGAAGAAAGGCAGGGAGACCCUGGUCAGACCUUUGGUGCUGACCCCUAGCCACUUGCCCCUAUACAGGAUGUGGAGGUCAGAUUACAUACCCACCCAACUGCCCUAGAAGGCAGCCAACGCUUCCCUUAUUUUUAUUUUUUUAAAAUCCUCACCUGAGGAUAUUUUUUCAUUGCUUUUUAGAGAGAAUGAAAGGAAGGGAGGGCGUGAGAGAGACAUCCAGGUGAGACAGACACAUUGACUGCUUACCUCCCACACUUGCCCCAACUAGCCGGGGAUGAACCUGCAACCGGUACAUGCUCCUUUUUUUUUUUCUUUUCCUUUUGAUUUCAGAGAGGAAGGGAGAGGGAGAGAGAGAUAGAAACACCAAUGAUAAGAGAGGAUCAUUGAUCGGCUGCUUCCUGCACACCCAUGAUCUCCUGGUUCAUAGGUUGAUGCGGAACCGCUGAGCCACUCUGGCCAGACCUGUCAGUUUUGAUGGGUUUCACACUCUUGCUUUAGUUGUUAUAGAGAGGGAUUUGGUGUUUCUGCCCAGGCAUAGGUCCAGCCUUUUCUAGGAGGAGCCUCCCUAUUUUUUUGAGGUUCAAGUGCCUGUCCAACUCCCCAGACACACAAUUAAUGCUUCUAUAUCUGCUUCUCACUCUUCUGUGCCAGUCUUGGGGGUCUUUGGAGACUGAGGGCCUGUGUUCCCAGCUUGACUCCCUGGCAAGGGGUGGGGUGAGGAGGUUUUAAGGGAGGUCAAGUCCCUAACCCUUGGAAUACAGAGCUAUUCUGACACUGAGUUUUUGAUGCACCUUGUUUGUAUAAUAAAUUGUGUUUCACAGAUG